AUGCAGCCCGUGCUCUCCAAAGAGCGACAAGACAUUAUGAAAUGCGUGGAUUACUUGACUGCGGGGCCAGUUGCAGAUCGCCACUGGAUAAGCUGGCCUGCCGACUGCCCCAUUCCUUCAGGCCUGACACGGACACCAUCUGGACCUGGUCACGACGAGGGUACCUGGACAGAAACAGCAGGCCUUAACCCAUAUGAGGCCUUUUUCUUGACCGAACUUCACUCAGUGAGUUUUCUCUACAGUCUUGCGGAAACAGACAGAGGCGGCACUGUACGCUAUUCUGUUCCUCACAUGCGAUUCGACGCACGAAUAAGGAGAGCCCCAUUGUUCACAUUGCGGUGGGGCACCCCGUCGUCUGUCUUUUCCCAUGCAGACACCAAGGCACACACUGGCAGCUGGGUGGUUAGGGUUGUGGCGCUAGAUGACAGACUAUCACCGGAUCAAGCCAAGUCUCUGGAAAUCGAUGGAGUCGGUAGCCUGGGUACGGCUGAACAGCCCCAGCCGUAUUUGCCCAGUCGUAUUGCCUCGGAUUACGCCGCUGGAAGCCUAUAA